AUGCCUCUUAUGAUGAUUAUAGUAUUGCAAGGAGGAAGUGCCAGAAGGCGGAGGAAACAUCUGAUCUCAACUCGUCAGAUAACAGGCCUCGCAGACGCCGUCCUCCAACAAAGUUUGCCACCACUAGCAGCAGCAGUGAUUCAGAGAGUGCCAUUGGGCAUAAAAAUAAAACCAUCCAAAGCAAUCUUCCAAAAAAGGAUCAGGAAUUAUUUCCCAUUUAUAUUCGCUCUCUGCUUUUUAGGUGAUUCAGAUUCUUUGCAGGAAGAUGUAUGUGCAAAAGAAACCAUGGAAGAUGUAGAAUCAGUUGACAGCAGUGGAAAAAAUGGAGCAGCAUGUAAAUGUGAAAAACAACAACAGAUAAAUGAGGAUGAUUAUAGUAUUGCAAGGAGGAAGUGCCAGAAGGCGGAGGAAACAUCUGAUCUCAACUCGUCAGAUAACAGGCCUCGCAGACGCCGUCCUCCAACAAAGUUUGCCACCACUAGCAGCAGCAGUGAUUCAGAGAGUGCCAUUGGGCAUAAAAAUAAAACCAUCCAAAGCAAUCUUCCAAAAAAGGAUCAGAAAUUAUUUCCCAUUUAUAUUCUCACUCUCUGCUUUUUAGGUGAUUCAGAUUCUUUGCAGGAAGAUGUAUGUGCAAAAGAAACCAUGGAAGAUGUAGAAUCAGAAUAUCUAAAACACAUCCUUAGAAAAUUAAAUAUGUUACAGUUAAUUGUUACUGACUUACGGGCUGAAGUCAGUAAUCUUUCUAAAAUAUCUACAUCAUUUCCCCGAGAACUCCAAGAAGAGUUAACUAUAUUGAAUAUAUGGGAAAAUUUCUCCUUGCCUUUGGACUCAGAAGAAGAGUUUGCGAAUUUUGAGGAUUUUUUUAAAUGCUCAGAAAAAAACUUUGAAUCGGUAAGUUCUAUACUAAUACUAAUACAAAAUUUAGUGUAUUCAUAA